AUGUUUCUCCGCACCCUGCGGCGGCCGCACUCACUCCACAGUCGACGGCGGUGGGAGCAGCGCAUCGCUUCGGUGCUUUCAGAACACGAGGAGACUGCAGUGGAUAACGUGGCGCGGCGCUUCACUCGCAUCUACAAGGAGCGCCGUUACACUCCGGUAGAGGAGGCGUUUCCACUGCAUGACACGGCGCGGUGGGUGGGCCUAGCGGAGGCAGCGAGUGCGUCGUCAGGGGCCACCCGCGCCGUUGCGCAGCCGCCCACACCCCACACACUUAAACUGGCCCUCUUGGGACCACAAAACUCUGGCAAGACGUCGUUGCUUAAUGCGCUUUCUCUCAGCCACAUUGGUGCCGUGAGCAACCGCAGUGGCAGCACGAAGGACUGGAUCAAGGGCGUUGCGACGGUACACAACACCCAGUUGGUGAUGCUUGAUACACCAGGCGUUGUCAUGGUUAAUAGUGAUAAGGAUCGUCGACGCCACGCCGCACCAUCGGCGCGCGCUUGGGAUGCCUUGAUGGUAACGGACCUCGUUGUCCUUACCUUACCUGCAGGUCUUGGAUUUGUGGAACCUGAGCAGAAGGCGGUCGCCCGUGAGGUCGUGCACCGUGCCUCACUGCGUAAGCUGCCCGUCGUGCUAGUUAUUACAAUGAUGGAUAAGGUCCAGACGCUUAAACAUCGUGAGUUGUACUUUUCGAUGCGCACCGACUUUGAAUCUAUGUGUUUGCCGAUUGCAGCGACUCAUGAAACGAGUGUGAAGGGUGGUAGCGGUUUGCUAGAGCUAAAGGACUUCCUCUGCAGGUACGCCACACCAGGGGAAUGGGAGUUCUUUCGCAAUGAGACAACUGACAUCAACCUAGUCGAACGGGUCUCGGAGUUGCUGCGGCAGUGCUUCUUUGAGGUGCUGCCGCAUGAGAUCCCACACAAAAUGCGUCACCGCAUCAUAGGGUGGACCAAGAAGGACUCUGGUACUACGGAAGUUAUCACUGAAGUUUUCUUUGAUCGCCCGGCCUACAUGUUUACCUUCUACUCCAAGCUGGAGGCAAUCUGCUAUAGGGCGCAACGUGUUGUGGAACGCGAGUUAAAAGGACGAUAUCGAUUUGUGUUUCAAGCCUUUAUUGCACCAGGUGGAGUCUCCUCCAGAUGA